ACUGUACGUACGGAAGAAGUAAGGAUAGCUUGCAAGAGCAAAUACACUGUUUUUGUGCCCAUCAAAUAGAAAUAGGCCUUGGAUAAAAAUGGAUAAAUUCAUCGGCUCUUGGAAGCAUGUUGGUUCAGAAAACUUGGAAGACUACAUGCAGGCAGUCGGUAUUACAGAUGAAAUGAGAGCUGUUGCACAUGCUAUUAAUCCAAGCCUCACCAUUUCCCAAGAGGGUGACACGGUGGUCAUUAAUUUACAGACCAUUAUCGGUAGCCGAAAUGGCUCCUUCAAACUGGGUGAGGAGUUCCAUAUGAAGACAACGGAUGGCAGAGAUUGCAAAGUGGUUGUGAGCCUAGAUGGAGACAAACUCAUUGAGGUGUCAAAGUGGGAUGAUACUGAGUCUAGCACUCUCUAUGAGAUCAAGGAUGGGCAACUGAUCAAGACAUUAACUCAUCAGGAUGCUGUGGCAGUGCGCACCUUUGAGAAGGCUUGAAAUACAGACAACCUACCUUCUCAUUUGCCCCUUCUCUUUCACUAAGCUGCAGUCUGGAAACUCGUUCAAAAAGAAUAAGAAGAAAGAUUAUUGUAUUGUUUUUUUUCUCUCUGGAGAAUAAUUGUACACCUGCAAAACCAAGACUUAAUAAAGAAGUGGGGAAAAUAUAGCA